GCUGGCCCUUGGUUGUAGUUCCAACACGUUCUGCCUACACAGAUUGGCCCCCAUGUUCAGAGAUAUGAAUAUCCUCAAAGCGGCCUGUGUGGCCAUCCUGCUUCUCACCCUGCCUGUCCUAGCGAUUGGACCCGGAUCAACAAACAAUUGCCAAGGCAAACACCAGUUAAUUGCGGAUGCCGAAGUCGACUCCUACGGGUGGCCAAGGGUAGGCGAUUGUGGCCCAUAUAAAGUCGGGGGUACUCGGUAUCAUUGCAGGAACCUCCGCAAAAAGUUGUAUUAUCGGUGCGACGGCUGCCGCAAUCUCCAUCGCGAAAAUACAGGAACCACAAUAGGCUCAGUGGACGGUACAACGUGCCCUAGUGAUCACUUGGGCAUAGAAGACCUAAAACCACCAUUGCUCGACCUCCUUUCGAACUUCGGCCGUGUACAUCCAUCAGCAAGUUCAGCUCCAGGCCCAUCAAAUAGCGGCAAAUGAAAAAGCCACCACGGC